ACUGCAUGCAAAACUCGCAUUCCACUCCACAAAAACUUGAAUAUUCAAAGUCUUUCAGAGCCACAAACCCCAGUCAUCUGAAGCCAACAUUGUCUAGGCCAGCAAAUUGCUUCCUUCUCUAAAACCAACACGAUUUCUUUACUCGCCUUGAUUUGAAGGCUACAGUACUACUCUCUUCUUCUCCACAAAUCACCAUCGAAACAUCAAUCAUGGGGAAGGAAGACUCAUCUGACAGCGCUCGUGAGAGCAAUGAGACAUCGAGGUCAUUUCAUUACAGCUCAAACUCUACUCCUGACAGCGGAGGCCGGUUUUCGCAUAUGGCCAACGAGAAAAUAAUAGUGGAGAACGGAGGCUCAGCCCAAACAACUCACGAUAGUGAUGCAUCCUCAGAAACAUCUGACAGCACCUUCAGCUAUUCACCUGGUGACGGAAUCUGUCCGGCAGAUUCACAGUUCAAUCUGUGUUAUCAGUCCAAGUUUACAGAGUGGAAAAAUGCGGCCGCUGCCCGUGUCCCAGGCUCUGACACGUUAGGCUUCUACAUACGAUCGCUUCUGGGUUUACUGAAAGAUGUUCCUCCUUUCUUUCAUGCUCCUCCUGAAGAAGUGGUAGCGAACUUGCAUACCUGUUAUCUCAUGUCUACAAUCUGCAUUCAGUCCACAAAAGAUCAAGCCUGCGACCAACCCCAGAACUCAAUCGAAUACUGUCAGUUCAUUUCGAGUCGAUCUUUUGACAUAUGUAAGACAUCGGCCGAGACGCGACCAGAAAUUGCCAUUCCCAUUUCUGCCAGCCCUCUUCGCCCAGGAUAUCUCACAAGCAUCAUCUUGGCGUGGUCUUAUAUCUUUUCUGCCCGCUGGGUCGAGAUCCUACAACAGGCUGGCGUGGACUGCAAAAUGUAUCAUCAAGGUAAUAUGCAGCUUGAAAAAUCUUUUUGGGAGAUUAUCUUGCAAGGUAACUGGGAGGCUCUCUUCGAAAUCGAAUCCGAGGAAGAUGAGGAACGAACUAAGAGGUAUUCUCCAUGGAUGCUGAGACUAGUGAGCAAUGCCGCACAUGGAGGAGACUGGGGUGCAGUUGCUCCAACUUCAUUUAUGGCUUUCAAUAUCCUUCUCGAAUUUUGCAUCUCGGAAGGCCUAGAAGGAGAAUUGCUCACUGCUCUUGUCGCUGUCAUCAAUACCAAAACCCCCGAAACACCUUGGCCAGAGUAUCCUCCACCGAUCAUGAUUUCGACCAAGUCCUCUUGCUUACCUACAACUCACAAAGACACAAUCUUCCAUGAGCUCUUUCAGGCAGUUGAUAAACUCAUGACUCUGGGCUCCACACGUUGCGCUCGGGACUCGUUGAUAUGUAGUGCGUUCUUCGAUCCUAGCAUUCCUUGCAAUUUGAUCGGGGGUGCAUCUUUGGGAGUGGCAAAGGCUCUUUCGCCGGUCGAUGAGAAAUACGAUCUGCAACCUCCUCCAGCUCAGUCGUCAAUGUGGCGACGACCUAGACCACAAAUCCCAUGGGACAAGAUUGACAAGAGACAGCUUCUUCAAGCAAUCACAUAUCUAAAGCCGCAUUUGAGUCUAUUCUGGGCGGCAGCGGUACACAACAACCAGGCAACACGUUUCCUACAAGUUUCACUCGGCGAGCUACCAGUCAUUUGUCUACCUGCUGCAUGUUGGACAAAUACCACGCAAUCGUUUCUUCAAGUAGCUUACAGUUCAUCUCAUUGGAAAGAGCCGCUCUGCACUCGAGUGGCUGAGUUUCAAACCUCCCAGUUCUGUCGACCAGAUUGCCAGAUACAAAUGCUGCCGUGGCCACGGUCCCCAGCACCGCCGUUUGGCUCAACUCCAAUCACAAAUCUCAGUCUCGAAGUUAGAGAGCAUCUUGGACAUAUGCACAGACCACUCUCUUGGCAGAUAUACUGGAAGCUAAAAGCUGGGCAACGAGUUCCGGCGAGCGACGCGCACCACUGUCAUUAUCAGGAAGCUCACGAGGUUGAUGACUGUCGUUCUGCGAAGAAUGCUGAUGAGUCACCGCAUCGAGAACGAAUUCUGGUAGAGUGGCAAUCUUACCGGGCAACAUCCUGCCUUUUUGAUUGGCAUAGGUUUCAUGAAGGCGGCAUUUGGUUAGAUGACGGUAUCAAUGAUAUUGACUCGGUGCGCCUGAUGCAGGUGCAUCCGUGGAUAAAAGGUUGGGUUGAAGAUGGCUCUGACACUGAAGACACGGAGCCCAAGGAGCUGGAUUAUGAAAGCAUUCUGCGAUGGGUGGACGACACAGUAGAUGAUAGCAGUGCCAUGUAAGCAUGAGAUUGUCGAUCUUAUCAAUAAGUGAUUGGAUUUAUG